UCAAAACAAUCGGAAUUCGGAUGUAAAUAUUACUGUAAUAUUAUCUUUGAGCUAGUUUACCGACCUAAUAGAUAGUUAUUCGAAACUUUGUUUAGGCGAAAGUUAUUGACCUUUUGAGACAUCGUUAUUGUUCUGUAAAACGUCCUAAUGAACUACAUUUAUCAAUCUCGGCUGCCUGCGAUGUAUCGUUAUGUUGCAAAAUGCUGUGUUUUGGUGUUACUUGGCUCAUUAACGCAGUGUGAGAGCAGCUAUGGGUUUGUAACAUGGUCGUACGAUAAAGCGGUGGUGUCUAUCACGGAUAAACCAACGGAAAUUCCGGCCGUGCACAUCGCCAGAGCAACAUACACCAAUGAAAUCAAUAAGACCGGCUGGGCUUUCUUAGAACUGCACACAACACCUGGUGCCAGCGAUGAGAAGCAGGCGUAUGCUGCAGGAUACCUGGAGGGGUUCCUCACCCAGGAGCUUAUUUGGAUGCACUGGCAGAAUGUGCUUAAAGGGUACUGCUCCAAUGUAACAGAAGUGUGUGGUUUGAUUGAAGACUUCAUUGAUAAGAAUGAGGAUUAUAUUGCAUCUAUGAUAGCAGCCCACCCUUGUGACCCAUAUUGGUACCAGAUGAAACUAUACUUCAUCCAGCUGGAAGGAAUGGCUGUUGGGUACAACCAGGCGACGAGCGAUCCUUACGAAUGGCUCACUAUACGAGAUAUCAUCUGGCUCAACAUGCUGGGGGACCUGGAUGAGCUAGCGUUCGCGUUGGCGAUGCCGCGAGAGACCCCGGACGGGCUUCUAUUCGGCGAACACUGCAGCGGGCUGGUCAAACUGCUGCCGGAUCUAUCCAACCUUUACACUUCGCACGUUACUUGGACCAACUACCAGUCCAUGCUGCGCAUGCAGAAGAUGUACGUAUUGAACUACAGACUGUCUCCUAACAACGACGCACUCAUUCCGGGCCGCAAGAUGUCUUUCACUUCCUAUCCUGGAUUCGUUCAAUCCACAGACGACUUCUACAUAAUAUCGACGGGGCUGGUGGCGGCAGAGACCACGAUCGGGAACAGCAACCGGACACUGUUCGAAAACAUCAAACCUGUGGGCCAAAUCAUGGAGUAUGCUCGCGCGAUGAUAGCGAACCGCAUCGCACGCGACGGCAAGGAGUGGGUGGACACCUUCCGGCAGCACAACAGCGGCACCUACAAUAACCAGUGGUAUGUGGUAGACUACAAUAAGUUCGAAGCGAAAAGCGAUAAAUCCGCCGGCGUCAUACUUCCCGGACUUUUGUGGGUCGUGGAACAGUUGCCUGGCAAUAUCGAAGCGGCUGAUCUAACAGAGCAACUCAAACAGACGUCAUACUUUCCGUCGUACAACAUACCGUAUUUCCCGCGGAUAUUUAACCUGAGCGGUGGUAACGAGCGAAUAGCGACUUUCGGAGAUUGGUUCGGGUACCACACAAAUCCUAGAGCGCAGAUAUUCAAGAUAAAACAGGCCGACAUCCGCAACGUGCGCGACAUGUUCCGCACGAUGCGCUACAACGACUACAAGCACGAUCCGCUGGCACGCUGCGAGUGCCGCCCGCCCUAUAGCGCCUGCAACGCCAUCUCUGCGCGCAACGACCUCAACCCGGCCGACGGCACGUACCCGUUCCGCGCGCUCGGCCACCGCAGCCACGGAGCCACGGACGCUAAGGUCACUAGCGCGACUCUGCGGCGCUCCUACCAGUUCCUCUCCGUCGCCAGCCCCACCUACAACAUUUCACGAGGCAUUCCGCCGUUCCGAUGGAGUGAAUUCGACAUGGGCGCGCACCUAUCCCACGUGGGACAUCCCGAUCUGUGGAUGUUUCCCCCCAUAUUACAUCGCUGGGAGUGGGGAUAAAUUCGCUUACAAGAUUUUUUUUUUGUGUAUUUAUUUUAAAAAUACUUACAUUGACCCGAACUGUGUUGGAACAAAUAAAAUGUAAAGAGAACUUAUGAACAAUAAUAAUAAUAAUCAAGCUUGAGAAUGUUUGGUCAGAGAUUUGAAUGCCCUCUGCGGUAGGAAAACCUGUUCCUCACACUAAAAAUAUGUGAAAGAUUGCUUACAUAAUAAGACAUGCAAUAAAAAAUAGAGUGUACCGUCACAAAACUUGAAAAUGUUGGUGCAGUCAACGUGCCAGAAUGAGAAUCUGCACGAACGCUGUAACUAUCCUCAUAAGAGCCAAUUUUGUCUGUAUUUUUUUUCAUUUAUAGUGUUAGUUGACGGACCAAGCAAAUGGCCUGCCUGAAGAUAAGUGGCAAAGCAUGCCCUGAACAAGGUAGCACUAAGCAGGGCAUGCGAGGAGCUCAUCACUUGCCCUGUGUCCAUCAACCUGAGGCGCAGGUGUUAGGCCUCAUGUGCCGGACCACAGCAUUCCGACAAUGCUGCUUGGCUCUGUCACAAAAAGCUCUACUACUACUGAACUGUGAAUCUCAAAGAUAUUAUUAAAAUAAGAAAGCUUUUAUUAUUUACUAGUUUAUAUUAAAAGACGUAUAAUGUAACAUAUUUAAUAUACGAUGCCUUUUUGUAUGGUUUGUUUUACUGUGAUGCCUAAAGGCCUGUCCACACGGGCAGUGGGACCCUGACACUUUACUAUGGCGCUGCAAUAAUUAAAUAGUACUGGAAGAUCUGACGCAAUAAACAAAUGAACGCGGCGUUUCAGCCUUACAAGCAAAGAUUUCUCCCUA